GCAAGCACACCUAGGAGCGCAUGGUCGCGUGGGAGCAACGAUAACACCAUCUCAAGAGGGCCGCCCGAAUUGGGUCAGCGGCGGGAAUUGAUUCCAGGAUGGAUCUUAGGGGAAUCCUAAACGACAACGGGCCUUCGGCAUCCCCGCCGAGCAAGCCGCCGCCACUGCCUGUGCAGCCGCCAGCACAGCAGCCCGUCCUCCCGUCGACGCCGGUCCAGUCACAUGCGCCGCAAUCGUUCCGCGACUACAGCCAGGCCCAGCCGUCCCCCGGCCGGCACAUGUCGCAGGACUAUGGCUCGCAACACCUGCCAUCGGGCCCGUACGCGUCCCCACCGCCGUUCCAGGCUUCCAGCGCCGGCUCGUAUGCCAGCCGCCCUCCUCCGCCGCCGCCGCUCCAACACCUGCCGCCCAACGACCUCCGAUCCCCGAGUCUCAGCGCCGGCCCGGCGCCGUCUCCGUACCGCCAGACUCCGACUGCGUCCCUCGGCUCAGCGGGCGGCUAUCCGUUCCCGCCGCAGCAGAACCCAACGAGCCCCGUCCAGCAUCACCAAUAUCCACCGACCGCCACCUACCACCGCGACGGCUUGCCCCCUCCGGCAGCUCCCUCCGGCAUGACCGGCCCGUCUGCUGCCUCAUAUAUGCAAGCGUCGCACGUUCCUCAGACUCCUCCGGUUGCAACGCCCGGCACGGCGAACUCGUACCUCCACAGGUCCCAAUCAUCGCAGUCGACGCCCACGCCCACUUCAGCGCACAGUCAACACACACAAUACGGUGCGCCAUUUGCUCAAGGAAGUCCCGUGGCAGCGCCGCGUCCCUUGAUGCCAACGGAUGCGCAGCCACGCCAGUCGUCCCAACCACCGACUCCUGGAGCAGCGGUGCCGCUGUCCGCGCGACCAUCUCAGUCAAUGGGGUACGGUCAGCCGCCAAGCCCGUACCAGCAACGUUUGCCGGCCGCAGGUUUCCAUCCGAUACCGCAAACAUCUCCGGGCCCACCACCGCCCCGGUCGCUACCCAGACACUCCAUCUCUCAAAGCAUCCACGAAGCCCGCAGCCAGGACUCUGUUCAGGGCCAACAACUUCAGAGCGACAGAGAACUGAGCCUCAGCGUGAGUCCCAAAACACGAGUCCCCAGCUUGCCAGGCAGCGCCGGCCGGCCCGGCACGUCGGCCUCGGUCUCGGAGCCGGAACCUCGCCCCAGCCAGCCCCAACCUGCCCCGCCGACCAUGGCAGAGCGCGCCGCGACCCCCGCCAAGCGGAAACUAGAGGAUCGCGAGCUACGGCCAGACGAGUUAGAGAGGCGGGAUUCACGACCCCCUCCGUUCGAAGACCGGAACGGGCCUCCCGCCUACGCCGACGCUGGAGCGUCGGCGCUGCGUUCGCACAUGCCGACAAGAGCACCGCAAAAGAGUCGGCUACACCGGGUCAUUCCACCAUGGGCACAGUCGCUCCGAGACAGAGCGCCGAGCCAUCCCAACCGAGUGUUGUAUCAACCAAUCCCCCACUCCAGGCCCCAGGUCAAUGGCAAGCUCGAUCGCCUGCCGGCCCGGCCGGACCGCCUGCAGCAAAGCCGGCAUGCAUCCCCGGAAGAAAAACGCGCCGCGGCGCCUAUCACGCCCGCGCCCAGCGUGCCGCCGGAUAGUGCAAGUCAGUGGGGCCCGCUGGGUCCGUGGGAGGCCAGCAUCACCAACUCGGUCCCUCGGGAACAGUUCACCAAGGCAAUCGCCGAUUUUCUGUUCCAAUACGUCAUACUAAACCAGGACAUGGGCGAGAUCCAGAGCCGUGGUGUCAAAUUCGAGAUCGAAGCCAAGCUCGGCAUGCUGAUCGACAAGAACACAAAUCAGCGCGUGGAGCUCCCCAUCCUGUCCGAAUGCAUCCUCAGCGACAACGGCAACUGGCUCGGCUUCCGGUCUAGCAUGACCGAAACCCAGCACAAGUCGUUCAACGAGUUCCUGAACCAACUGGUCCAGCAGACCCACCCGGCCAACAAGGCAGCCCACGCCGGGCUGCCCCGGCCACGCCUCCCCAUCGACUACCGGCACCGCCACGAAGUCGACAGGUUCUUCGAGAUCCCCGCCUCGCACCGCGACCGCAUGCUCCCGGUGUGCGUUGCCAGGCCCUUCGCCGCCCGGGGCCACGGCGCGCGCGUGCGCGUGACGCACGACCAGAAGACGGGCAAGGAGCUCGGCAAGAUCGUCAAGGCGCGCAUCGCCGACCUGAGCCUGCACUUCCCGGACCUGCCGCUCGACUGCAGGAUCAGCGUCAACCUCGAGAUGGACUGGGACGGCCCGCUCGAGGAGCUGGAGCGCAUGGCCGGCGCGACCGGCCGCCCGCCGCUGCCCGCGCGCACCAAAGACCGCUUGAGCUACAAGCACGGCUGCUACCAGAUCGAUCUGACGCAGGUUACGCAGAGUGUGGCUGGGCCUGGUAACUCACAGCGCAUAGAGAAAGAACAUGAGCUUGAGAUAGAGGUUGACCCCAGCCCGCUGAUCGAGCAGGGCCGGAGGGCCAUGGAGGGCCAGCCGCAUCAGUACGUGGACGUGGUGGAGGGGUUAGUCAACAAUAUCAGGAUAUUGGCGCGGAAGGCCAACGAGUUUGUGGCCUAGGCCAUUGGCACUAUGGGUGGGUGGGUAGAAGAAGGGGCGCCCAUCGUCGCUUUGAGACGAGGAUGGAUGAAUUGCCCCCGGCGCCCGUCGCCCUGCCUGAUGGAUCUAGGGUUGCAGAAUGGUUCAGAGGGGUGGCCUUCCUCAUCAUACAGGUUCUUUGGGUGGAUUUAUGUGCACCGAGGUUUCCUUUGUCUUUUUCUUCGGCGUCCUUGAGAUACCAUCUUCUUCUGGGAAGGCAAGAACUGAGGCGCAGGGCGGGAAGAAC